AUGUCAUCGUCCGGUGAAACGAAACCUCCGGAUCUUCCGACGGGGCGGGUCACUGCGACAGCAACAACUCCUAUUGAUCUUGCCCGUGUCGUCGUGAAGCCGACAGCCCUCCAAGAUAACACCGUCGCCGUCACUGCCGCCGCAACUUCGGUUACCGUAACGGCUCAGACGACUCAUCUGGCCCUUCCGAGAGUUCAGCCAUCGACGUCCGUGAUUUCAGCAACGGCGACUGCUGGACAGAGCAUCUUCACUCCGGCACCAUCUCCGGCAUCUCAUCUUAUCGUACCUUCGGUAGCCGCCGCGAAGGGCACCACGCUACGACCGUCGAUUCGUCCUCUGCAGCCGGCACCGGUCAUAGGCACGAAUGUACAGAAGAUCAUUGCAACACCCACCAUAACGCCCCAAGGAGUGAAAGCUCCGACGGUCGUCCCGCACGUCAGAUCUCCAGUCGUCCCUGUGCAACAGACGACCGUACAGCCGGUGGCUCAAUCCCAGCAGAACAAGCAGAGACCGACGACUCCGGCGGCGUCUUUGAUACGAGCUUCGAAUCAGUUCACGACCCAUGUGCCGAGAGGUCCUGCAACGGUCGCAAGCAUCACAGCAGGUCCCAAAACUGCGGUGGCCACACCGAUCAUCCGUCAGACGACCGGACAGAAUGUCGUUCUGGCAUCGAGUCACAUACCCGUCGGCGCGAGAGCCUCUGCGGCCGCCCUUACUCCGGCGCGAGCGUACGCCCCGGUGACCAUGGUUGAGCUUUCGAAAACCCAACAGUCGGCCGGGCAGUUGCAUUUGGGCAUCCCGCCGAGCAUAACGAUAGAGCCUGGAGUCCGUUCUACGGUUUCGACGGGACCGAAACAAACGGUUUACACACCGGCGAUUUUCCAGCCGAUUGUGUCGACGGGCGAAAAAACAGGCUCGACGACGGCGUUCUACAAAACCACAGGAGCCGGUGCUCCAGCACAGUUUAACAAGGGCACCACAACUUUCACCCCGAUCACUACGUCCCAACCACAAGCUGUCGUUCAGCCAGUAUCGAACGCUCCCACCUCACAGGCAGUGACAAUAACGAGCAAGGUGACGGUGACCAACUCGAACCAGUUCAGUAAAGUGGCGAGUCCUGUUUUUGUUUCGAACAAGGCCAAUGUGAGCAACGUGGUCAUCACGUCCCAGCGACCAGUACGGAAUGUCUCCACGACGCAAGUCACGACGACGCCCAACGCGAACAAUCUCACAAUCCCAAUGGCAAAAGUUUUCCAGCAACCUCUCACCGUGACGGGGUCGGAAAUCGAGGCUCAACCGCAGCCAAUCGGUUUCAUGACCGCCGCGGGUCCGAGGCUGCAACUCCCAGUCAUAAGCGUGGGACAGAACGUUCAGGGGACGAGUCCUGGAACCGUUGUGCUUACCGGCGAUGCCAGUAGAGGGAGUGGUACGACCCAGUACAUGCAACCGGGGACGUUCCUCCGUUACGAGACGUUCCCCGCGUCGGCGUACUUCGGUGGCCAAGGCGGAGCGUCGACUCCCGUGCAUUUGACCACAGCGAUACCCGGCGUCCGGACGAACAGUCCGUUCAGUUCGCAGCGUUCUCUGAUGGUCACCGUCGAUGCGAAAGUCCAUCCCGGCACAUCGAGUAAUAACGUCAUCUCGGUCACUGCCACCAAAGCGAACAACCAUACGAACUCAACGGAGCUCAAUUCAGCACAGACCACUUUUAACCCCGAUAUUGCGGCCGGUCUCCAGCGGAUAAGCAGCGAGACGACCAUAACGAAAUUGGCAACACCCCCUCCGCCUUCCAUCACGGUAUCGGCGGUUCCAACUCCAGUUGUCGACCGCGUGACAACGACGGUCAUCGCCGAGCCACAUUCGACGAAACUGGCGAAUUUGACGGAAAAAGUCAUCACGCAAGCUCUCUCGGGGACGGGAGCGGCGAGCGGGACCGCGGUUGGAGGGGCAUCUCUGUCGAACGCCGCGUCGGGAACCCUCUCGUUGCCCAUCACGGUUACCGGAAUUCCGUCGUCGACAUCGGCGUCGGCAAAUCAAGUAGCGACGAUACUUCCGACGAAUCAACAAGCCACGCAAGGCAGCCCGAGUAGACCGUCGAUUUUGAGGAAGAGACCCGCAAGUACUGCCGAUCAUUUCAACGCGCUCGUCGCGUCCAGUGCGCCCCCCAGAAAGGAUUCCAAGGAUGACCAAGUCCUGUUCAGCAUAAAACAAGAAGUCAACGCGGAAGAUGCCAGUAAUUCCACGCCCGGUAACUCAGCUUCUAGCAACGACAACCAUCACGGGGCUCAGAACGGACAAGUCAGUCCGCGGAAAAAACCGCGAAAACAGUUACUCCAGUCGAGCGAGAUCGAAGGGGAGGCGCGUUCGGUGCGACGGGAGGAAAACGGGAAGGACGAUAACGCAGCUAUCAAUCAGCGACCACAACUUUUCGGAGGACAGCAGCAUGGAUGGAAGGCACGUCUCAAUCAUUUCCUGCGGCAUUCGGACGUUCGUUGCAGGGAUGAUCGGAAGCCCUCCGUCAAUGAAUUAGCGAAUCAGAAGAGCGCUGCGCAGAGAGCCCACGGUUGGAAGCUCUUCCACAUCAAAGGACAAGUCGAAGAAGUCGAAACAAUAGAGUCGGACGCUGUUCACCGCUUUAAAAAAAUGCUCGAAGAUUUCGAAGCGUCGAGCAAAGCCACGGAAAGGUCCACGUUCGGACCUGACGAGGAGAAGAUGCUCAAUAAGAUCGCCGACUUGAUAAAGGGGAAUUUGCAGCGGAGCAAGAUUAUGCAAGACCAAAUGAUCGAAGUUAAGAAGCAGUUGAGCAAGGUGCUCGAACACAAAGGUAGAGUGCUGGACGUCAUCGGCAAGCACGUCAGUAAACGUCCGCUGAAAAAGAGGGAAAAGCUGUGA